CCCAAGGCCGCGCAGCGGCCUGGUGGAUACACGCCGGGGCCGUAGUGACAAAAAUUCGCCGCAGAUAGAGGGUCGUCACGCAACAAAUCUUGAGCUCUUGUCGAGCAUCUGCAGGCCUGAGAAGCUGAGAUCUGAAUCCAAAAUGUCCAGCGACGAUAGCGGCGUCGACGAGACCGGCGUGGACCGCAUGGACGUCCGCAUCGUUCAACACAUGACUCUGGGCGCAUUGCCGCACAGCGACGCGGUCCAAGCGCUACUCGCGAGCGACGGCGACGUACUGGAGGCGUGCGCCAGAGUCGUACCACGGGAGGACCCCCAUUUCUCGGACCGGCUCACGGCCGCGGCAGAGGCGGCGAGCGCCGAGGCCGACGUCGAUGACGCGUUGGACGUGGCCAGCCCUUUGGGCGCGGCGGGAUCGAUGCAAAACAAAUUACGAGAAAACAACCUAUCUGCCGGCGGCGACAUCGACGGCGUCGACGCCUUCGACGCCAGAAGAGCGUCGCGCCGGGCGUCGGAUCUGCUCCGCAGAGCAUCCUUAGCAGACGACGAGGACGAGGAAGAAGCCGCGGACGUGCCACAGAUUUACGCGCGCUGGGGCGGCAACGGGAAAUCCGACCCAAACACAAGAAAGACGUGGACGCAAGAGGCUCUCGAAACGUACUUCGAUAAAUAUGAUGACGUCCCAUCAGGCCCGGAUUUUGAAGCGGGCGGCGGCAGUGCCCGGGUCGCUUCAGAACUACGAAAGAUCAAGAAACGUCGUGAUAGAGCUCAGAAGCGGCGCGCCGGCGAACAAAGACUCCAAGCGUUAAGACAGGCCGGUGGCAUUUAUAGUGGCCCGAACGCCCAGUUCCCGACGGACGGAAAUGGAGUGAUCACGAAGGUUAAGAGAGAAGACUGGGAGGCGGGUGGUGGAGAUCCGAAGGUCUUCAAGAGCGAGUCACAGCGCUGGCGCACGUGGCAUCACGCGUCCGAGCGGACGGUAGAUCUGCGCGAGGCGCCGACCGCCACGGGAAGGGUGCCCAACGCAUUCGUAUCUCCGGGCCGCAAUUACUUUUAUUUCUAGAAAAUUGGGCGGUCCGGAACGGCCGAGCGGACUACGGGCGACGCUUGUUGGAGGCGUGCGUGCAGGGCGCGUACGGAACGGCCGGUUUGAUUGCGGGCCUCGAUCCGGUGCAGCGCGAGCUGGCUGUUCGAGGCCGCGGCGCAACACGGAUGGCGGAUCGCCUGGGCGCAAGCAAGGACGAGAUCGAUGCAGUCAACGCUCAGCUCGGGGUGCUCGGCCGCGAGUUCUCGGACUUCGUACUGGCGGCGGCGGCGCGCGACGAGUCCCUGCCGUUCUCACUGCAGUUCUGGGACCCCACGGGCGGGCUGGACGCGCGGAUCCACCGCGUCACCGACAUAGCAAGCCUCGUCGACGACGACGAGUAUAACCACUGGGGCGACUGGACGGACACGGCUCUCAAGUCCCAGCUCUACGGCGCGCUCCAGUACGGCGCGCGCUUAUUGACCGACGAUCCAAGUUUAGUUCUGGCCGACGAGGUCGACUCGAGCUGCUUCCGCAAUUUUGUGGACCGCCGGAACAAGUACAAUCUCUCCGGCUACGACUGGACGAUCUGGUUCGGUUGGAUUCCGUGUAGAAGCUUGCACGGGAUAGCCUUAGCUUGGUGCCCCGGUGCCUUCUGGGGAUCGACGCGUCUCGAGUCCAUCUGUAUCUCUUGAUGUUCGCGCAGGCCUGGACUACCGUCUGACGUACACGCACCCCAUCACGAAGAGGCGCAUCGUGAUCUGUCCGCAGGUCGUGCGCGACGAGCUGCGCGCGCGCGCCGCCGCGGCGCGUUCGGACGCGUAGCGCCCGACUAUACGUCCCUCCCCCACAUGGCCCCGGCUCAAACCUGGCGGCCCGUUCCCCCGGCUCUCCCCCCUGGUCUUUACGGACCCUUAAUGAGUCACUCCGAAUUAGCUAGGCCGCAGGCAGGCCCGUGUC